CUGUUGCAUCUGGGAUACAGAACCCACGAACUGAGAAUCUGUAGUAGGAACUCAGAAACGGGCAGCUACACUCUCUACUCGCUUGCGCUCUGUCGUUGGAGGAGUCUCUUUUUUUCAUUCUACACCUUGCUAAUACAUCUAUAUAUUUCAAGAUGCUGAUCGUUCUAGUUGGAGUUAUGAUCCUUCACCUGUUGGAUUUGAUCCUACUGAUUAUUGCCACAGCCCUGAAUGCGUGGAUAGUGGAUGGUGACCAUAGUGCAGACUUAUGGUACGGAUGCACUUCAAAGAAUGGAGGAUACCACUGUAAACAGUCCAUCAGUGAAGACUGGCUCCAGGCAGUGCAGGCCCUCAUGGUCCUGUCCGUGCUCUUCUGCCUGCUGUCCUUCGUCUUCUUCCUGUGCCAGCUCUUCACCCUGGUCAAGGGAGGACGCUUCUACUUCACUGCCAUCUUCCAGAUCCUCGCUAGCUUGUUUGUGAUGAGCGGGGCCAUCAUCUACACAGUGAUGAACACGGCUCCGGAGACGAGCACCUACGGGCACGCCUAUGUGCUGGCCUGGGUGGCCUUCCCAAUCUCGCUGGUCAGCGGCCUUAUCUACAUCGUCCUCAGGAAGAAGGAGUGAGCAGGCCCCUCGGAGUCGAGAGGAAUAGAAGAGGAGAGGAGAGGAGCGGAGCGGAGCGGGGACAAGAGGCGGGAAGGGCGAAACGAGGGACGGGGCGGGGUGGGAUGGGAGGUGGGGGUGGGGGUUGGGUGAGGGAGGGAGGGGUCGGGGAAAGGGGAACAGGAGGACACCCACUCUCCCAGCAGUCUCACUCAAUCAAGUAAGGAACAGCCAGCCGGUACCAGCAAGCACCAGAGAGCGCCCUCUUGUGGGGGUCAUCUUUGGACAUAACGCACUAAACGUGUUACUAAGAAGAAAAAAAAAUUAACAACAAAGAUGGAAAAAAAUACAGUUCAGUCAAUAGUUAAUGUCUAAAGUGUGAAUGGUGUGUGCGUGCGAUGUCUGUGGUUUUGUCUAUUUAUAACAUGUUUUUACAGUUCAUACUUUGUGUAUAUAAUAGUGUUCUUAAUUUGUGUUUUAAAGGUGGUUCAGUCUCCCCCCCCCCCCCAGCAUUCGGAUUGUCUUUCAGUGCAGUGAUAUCAAUGCAUAAAUAGGGGAGGGGAUGUUUAAAAACUCUACAGUGUUGGUUUCAGUCCAACCGCCCCACCUUCACAUACUUAACUAGACUUACAAUCAAAAAGCGCAAUUUCAGUUAAUGUCCAUUGGUUUAAUUGUUGUAUCUGUCGGUUUGCAAGUGCUUUGAAUUACCAUUGAAAUAUGUAUGUGUGUGAUGAAGCAAAGACAAAUUUGUAUCAUAUUUUUAAUCAAUGUUGCCAGAUAAAAUGGUGCUAUGUACUUUUGCCAUUCUUGAAACCCAUAGGCAUGUAGGCUUACGUCAUGAAUUAAUUUGAACAUUAAAAUCAUAUGUUGUGUAUCUGUGUCCAAAUAUUCUUGUAAAAAAGAGAAGCUAUUUUGCCUUCUGUACUCCUUCUUUUUUUAAUAAAAUGGCAAACAAUA